AUGGAAAACCAUCUUCCAUCUCCUCCAAACCCUAACAAUGCCCAAUGCCCCACCGAAGAAAACGACGACGACAUCGACGAACAAGAAGACGAAGACGAUGAGGAAGACGAAGACUACAUCGAUUCCGACUCACCGACUCCCCGAAUCCCCCAAUCCCCAAUCGCCCGUUUGCGAGAGCAGAAAUUCAAGCUUGAAACCCUCUCCCGGCGACUCUCAUCGGAACUAGUCCCUAUCCGAGUCCACGACGUCAUAAUUCGCGGCAACACGACCACAAAGGACUGGGUGAUCGAAGCGGAACUGAAGGGAAUCGAGGAUGUUACCACUGUGCAGGAACUCAUUCGCGCCUCGGAAAUCGCACUCACUAGGCUUCAGAGCCUUGGGGUUUUUGAUUCUACUAAGGUUAGUCUUGAGCCUGGACCGCUGGAGUUGCCUAACACUGCCAAUGUCGUUGUCAACAUCGUGGAGGCUGUUAACAAAAUCUCUGGUGAAUUUGGUGUUUAUACCAAACCCUCGACCAGUUCUUGGACUGCUGAAGGUACUCUUAAGUACAAAAACCCUUUAGGUUAUGGUGAUCUAUGGGAUGCUUCUUUGGCUUAUGGUGUCAACCAAGCAGCAGAGGUAAGUGUGGGGUUAUAUGUCCCUCGACUUAAAGCAACUUCAACUCCCAUUGCCGCACGUUUGUCCAUGCUUUCCCAAGAUUGGCAAGAGUUUUCUUCGUACAAAGAGCAAUUGUUGGGCAUGUCUCUUGGCUUAAUCUCAACAAAGCACCAUGAUUUGGCAUACACUCUUGGAUGGCGUACCUUAACAGAUCCAUUACAAAUGUCAUCCAGGUCUGUAAGGAGGCAGCUCGGCCAUGGUUUGUUAUCAUCUUUGAAGUAUACAUUUAAAAUUGAUAGGAGAAACUCACCAAUUAGGCCAACAAAAGGACAUGCUUUUGUUUCUACCACUCACCUUGGUGGCCUUACACCAGAUCAUCGUAGCUUGCGGUUUCUGCGUCAGGAGUUUGAUGUUCGGUAUGCUAUUCCCUUUGGAUUUUAUAAUACAGCACUGAACCUAGGGAUUUCUGCUGGUGCUGUUUUUCCAUGGGGACAUGAUUUCAGGAACAAGCCAUCUCCCCUUCCUGAAAGAUUUUGUUUGGGUGGUGAUUUCUCUCCAAUUUGCACCCUAGGAGGGCCAAUGACAUUAUGGGGAUUUAAAACUAGGGGAUUAGGUCCUGCUGAACUACGAAGACAAAGCAGAGAUGUAUUCAAUGAUGACAAUAAUGAUUCCUCUAAGUGGGACUUCGUUGGAGGAGAUCUUGCUGUUACAGCUUUUGCAGAUCUCUCUUUUGAUCUUCCGAUUAGGUGGUUAAGAGAACAUGGGGUUCAUGGCCAUGUUUUUGCUGGUGCCGGGAAUACUGCUAAAUUAACUCAGAAUGAAUAUAAGCACUUCUCUCCUCAGAGGUUCCUAGAAUCCUUCCGAACAUCAGUCGGAUGUGGAAUUGUUAUUCCUACUAGUCUUUUCCGCCUAGAGGCUAACUACUACUACAUACUCAGGCAGAAUGAACACGAUCGUGGUAAAACUGGAUUUAGGUUCAGCUUCUCAGCUCCUUCAUAG